UUUAAGCCUCCAGGCAUGGUGAGGUAAAGGUCAAUAUUAUCAGAAAUCAUGAGUGGGCUUUUUGCCCUUAUGACAUUUCUCGCCCUCGGCUCUGCAGGCGCGAAGCCCCACGCUGGGUUAAAGACGUGGGGCCGCUUCAGUAAGCUCCCCUACCCCGGAGACACGGCUUUCCUCUACGCCACCUUUCCCAAAGACUUCAUAUGGGCGGUGGGCACGGCGGCGUACCAAGUGGAGGGGGCGUUCGAGAAAGACGGCAAGGGGCUCUCCAUCUGGGACACCUUUACGCGCGGCGGGAACCGCAAGACCACCGGGGACGUAGGCAGCGACAGCUACCACAACAUCAACGCAGAUAUCCGAGCCAUCCGCCAGCUCGGAGUGAGUCACUACAGGUUCUCCCUGUCCUGGUCCAGGAUCUUUCCUAACGGGACGCGGGGGAGCUACAACGAAAUCGGCACCAACUAUUACCGGUGGCUCCUCAAGCGGCUGAAGGAGAUCCGCGUCCAGCCAGUGGUCACCCUGUACCACUGGGACCUACCCCAACACCUCCAGCAGAGCCUGGGCGGCUGGGGCAACCCGGAGCUGGUGGAGAUUUUCAAGGACUAUGCUGAUUUCUGCUUCAAUGAGUUCGGGGAUGACGUGAAAUACUGGAUCACUAUCGAUAACCCUUUUUUGGUGGCGCAGCAUGGAUACGGAACCGGGGUGGUCGCUCCCGGGAUAAAGAACGACCCUGAUCUCCCAUUUCGGGUUGGACACAACUUAAUCAAGGCUCAUGCAGCUGUGUGGCACCUCUACAACCGCCACUAUCGACCCCGGCAGCAGGGAAAGCUCUCCAUGGCACUGGGCUCUCACUGGAUCAAGCCUCGCCGCACCCGCCUGGAGAGCCUGCGAGAGUGCCAGUGCUCCCUGGACCACGUCUUGGGCUGGUUUGCCCGGCCGCUGUUCACUGAUGGAGAGUACCCUCCCUGCAUGAGGGAGAGGCUCGGUUCGCGCCUUCCCUCCUUCACCCAGGAGGAGAGGGAACAGGUGAGAGGAACAGCUGACUUCUUUGCCCUUUCUCACGGAGCAACGCUGAGCUUCCAGCUCAUCAACGACAGCCUGAAGUUUGGACAGCUUGAGGAUCUAGAUCUGAGGAUGCUGCUCUACUGGAUCAAUGCAGAAUAUGACAAGCCACCUAUCUUUGUGGUGCAGAGUGGUUGGUACGUCCUUGGGAACACUAAGACAGAAGACCCAAAACACAUGUUCUACCUCAAGAGGUUCAUUGCAGAAGCCCUUAAAUCAAUCAUCACAGAUGGAGUGAACGUGAUUGGAUACACAGCCUGGUCUCUUAUUGACGGCUUUGAGUGGCACAGAGAAUAUGGGAUUCGCUGUGGACUGUACUAUGUUGACUUCAACACGCCUGACAUGAAGAGGGAGCCAAAGACAUCUGCCACUUUUUACAGAAAUGUCAUCCAUAAGAAUGGAUUCCCUGAACUUCCAGAGAACAGACCAGCACAAGGAAUGUUCCCGUGUGAUUUUGCAUGGGGUGUAUCUGCCACCUCCAUCCAGGUGGAGACCACUCCUACCCAGUUUGCAGACCCCAAUGUUUACCUGUGGAACAUCUCCAAUAACGGAGAGCUGAUCAAGCUGGAGAGCUUCAGGGCUCCACCUUCACACCGAGCCACGCAUUGUGCCGAUUACGCCAUUAUCCGACAACAGGUGGAUGAAAUCAGGCAGGUGGGGGUAAACCACUUCCACUUUUCCCUCAACUGGUCUGCUCUAGUGCCUACAGGUGACGUGGCUUAUCCCAACACCACCCUGCUGGGAUACUACCGCUGCUUCACCCGGCAGCUGCUGCGGGCCAACGUCACGCCCGUGGUCACCCUGUGGCACCACACGCGCCAGCGCAGCAGCCUGCCUACCUCGCUCGACACCUCCAACAGGUGGCUCAACAAAAAGACACCAGAAGCCUUUGCAGACUAUGCCAGGCUUUGUUACAGAGAACUGGGGGCCCACGUAAAGAUGUGGAUCACCUUGAAUGAACCCAAUGAUGAGAUGGUGAGCUAUCAGGAGGGCCACCAGAUGCUGCGGGCACACGCUUUGGCCUGGCACCUUUAUGACCGUGAAUUUAGACACAUACAAAGAGGACAGGUGUCUCUGGCUCUGCACAUGGACUGGGUGGAGCCGGCGUUUUCCUUCACCCGAAAGGACGUGGAACCGGCUAAAAGGGUCUUGGAUUUCCACGUUGGCUGGUUGGCCGAGCCAAUCUUUGGCAGCGGUGAUUAUCCCGUGGGAAUGAGGAGCUGGAUGCGACAGCUCAACUCACUCGAAUUGCCUGUUUUCAAUGAGGAGGACAGACAGCUGGUUAAAGGGACGUAUGACUUCUUCGCUAUGAGUCACUUCAGCACCAAGCUUGUGACUCAUGCCAAGGAAGACUCAUACACCUACACAGAGAUGCUUGAGGUCCAGCACAUGAUAGACGUAACAUGGAUCAUGUCACCCAGGCCCGUUGUGCCCUGGGGCCUGAGGAAAGCUCUAAACUGGAUAAAGCAGCAUUACAGUAAUGUACCCAUCUAUAUAAUGGCUAAUGGUGUCCAGGAAGACCCAGCCCGCUUUAAAGACUCCCUGCGAGUUUAUUACCUGUACAACUAUAUUAACGAGGCACUUAAAGCAUUUACUCUGGAUGGUGUAAACCUGAAGGGUUACUUUGCCUACGCCCUAAACGACCAAAGAGACCCGGAGUUUGGCCUCUAUGGUCAAGUCCACGAGGAGGUCAUCGUCAAGGCUUCUCUGUCUAACUAUCGCAACAUCAUCCAGCACAACGGCUUCCCUAUUCCAGGAGCUCCUCCACAGCAGUGUCCCGCUCUGCCGCAGCCCUGCUCCGGCUGCCACGUUCUCAUCAGGGGGCCUGUCGUGGGCUUCUUGACUCUAGUGGGUUCAGCAAUGCUGAUCACACUAGGUCUCAUUGUUUACUACUCUGCCAAGAGACACAAAGAGUAUUACUGAGGAAACUAUGUAGACCGUGCUGCUGGUUCAACAGUACACAUGUAAUGUUAGGAUAAGAGGUCUAUGUGGCCCAGUCAGCUUUAGGUGUUUUGAUCAAUAUUAAAGGUUAUAUGAAUGUCUGGGGUUACUCUAUAGUUUAUAAAUCAGAGCAGCUCUGAUUUUAAGGUUGGCUCUGUGCAACUAUUAGAAAGAAUUCAUUUAGGUAUAGGAAAACCUACCUCUAAUAAACAAAUAACACAAGUGAGACCGAAAAAUUAACGUAUAAAUCGUUGCUGGUACACUGUCAAUGUCGAGGGAAACAUCUAAAUUGGCCUGAAUGUUUGCUUCAUUUAAAAUGUAAAUAGCCUUUUUUCCUGCUUUGUGACUAGGUAUUGGUUUGUAGGCAUGGACUGUAUAUCAUCCUCCCAUUAUCAUAACUGAGUAAAAACAUCAGUUUCAUGCUUUUAACAAAGAUUUAUAACAAGCCUAGUACAUUUAUUUGCUUUAAAUAACAUAUUUAAAGUUAUGAUAAUGCAUGAUAUUUAUUUAUGGUUGUUAGAUUUUUGAUGCAGAAACAUGGGACAGAAUGUAGAAUAAAUCACUAGAUUGUGGUGUAGUAUUCCAGUGAUUAUUAGUAGACCAUUAUAGCUUUUUGUCAUUCUGCUCUUUACAGAGUAACACAAGUAUAAGGAGCUGAUUAGUUAGUUGAUUGGUUAAUUAGAUGCAGGUUAAUUAGCUGGGCCACCUGCUGAAGUUAGUCAGACAGCCUGCAGUCGACGGUCCAUUAAACAUAUAUUUUCCAGUCUCUAUUGGGUUUUCUGCCAGGCUUGCUCUGCAUUUCGCUUAUCCAUCUUCCUACCAACUGUAAAAAGCAUCUCCACAGCAUGAUGCUGCCACCACCAUGUUUCACUAUGGGGAGGGUGUGUUACAUGGUAGCAUUUUGUGUAAAAGGAUUGAUUUUGUUCUCAUCAGACCCAAGCACCUUCUUGCAUAUAUGGUGUGUAUGGCUUGAAAACAACCUUUUAUGGCCUUCUGAGCAAUGGUUACUCUUAGUUUGCCAACUGUAGUUUUAAAACCAUGUUUCUUUAACAUAUGGGUGACAGUGUGGUGCUCCUUUAGUUUCCCUGCCAUGACAGUCCUUGAUUUUUUUAGUUAUUUAAGCAAUGUGUCAAAGAACUGUAGACACUUUCAUGAAUAAAAAUUGCUUUUAGUAAGCAUUUCAUUUAGCUUAUACAACUGAGGCUGAACUUCUGUGUCAAAAUUUAAGAAUUCAGCAGUGCUUUUUGUAACAGAUAGACAGACUUUACAUGUUAUAAACAAAGUGAUUUAUUGUAACCUGUCAGAACAUUUUAAUACACCCCCCUCCAGUCCCAAA